GAGGAGGAGAGAAGCAGGAAGAGAAGAGCGGGAGGCGAGAGAGAGAGAGAGAGAGAGAGAGAGAGAGAGAGAGAGAGAGAGAGAGAACCGGAGGAGGAGAGAAGCAGGAAGAGAAGUGUGAGAGGAGAGAGAGAGCUAUGAUAGGCACACCUCUGCAGAGGAAAGCCCCAGCAUCAUCAGAGAUGGCUGAGGCCGAACUUCACAAGGAAAGGCUCCAAGCCCUCGCGGAGAAAAGGAAAAGACAGUCAGAGAUUGAAGACAAGAGGAGACAGCUGGACGACCUGGUGCUGCAGCUACAACAUCUCAAGUCUAAAGCCAUGAGAGAGCGUUGGCUCCUACAAGACACGCCCCCUGGAACUAACGACGAAGACGAUGGUCGAAGAAGACAGCUGGAGAAGGACGAAGUGCAGGGGAAGAGACUGGAGGACACUAUUCAUAGGUUGGAGUCAGAGAUUGGUCUGUUGGAGAGCGAGGAGUGUCAGAUCUCAGCUAAAGAACAGAUCCUCAGAGAGAGACUGAAGAGGACUGAGAGGUCCAUAGAAGACCUACAGAGAAGUCUUCAGAAUGAACAUGAUGCUGUGAGUAACGCCAGUCCCCAGCUCCCCAACCAGCUCCCCAACCAGCCAGACAUCAGAGACUCCUCCACCACCUCUCCUCACCGGGCCCCAGCCUCAGCAGCACCUGCCUUCGGUGAGCACCCAAGGAAACCUGCGAUGUACGCCAUGGAGAUCAACGUGGAGAAGGACAGGAAGACGGGUGACACCAGGAUCCUGUCAGCGUCUUCCGUCAGCCCAGACGAGGUGCCCCAGCGCGGGGUCAAGGUCUUCGACGACGGCCGGAAGGUCGUCUACGAGGUCCGCUCGGGGGGGUCCACCACCCUGGAGAAUGGGGUUCACCCUUGGAGUUCCCAACAGGUGGACGAGCUGAUGCAGCGGGUCGGGGUGCCAGCCGGCCAGGCCGACGGGGGUAAGGCUAAGGUUACUGUCACCCCUGUUGGCACUGGUGACACCAAAACCUCCCCCAGCUCCGCUGACCGCACUGAUGAGCUCCCUACCACCUACACCACCCCCCCAGCCAUCCGUAGCCCUACCACCAUGGCCCACAAGGUGCCCCAAGCUACAGGCGCCCCUAUCACCAGCCAGCCUCCACCCCGUCGGGAGGUGACCUACGAGGGGGAGGUGAUAGAGGCUCCACAGGCAACGGCGGAGAAGCCAGUCACUAUGAUCUUCAUGGGCUACCAUAAUGUAGACGACCAGGAUGAAACCAAGAGGCUGCUGGGAUUCGACGGCACCAUCAAGGCUGAAAUCGUCCUGAUCGAUGACGAUGACGAGAAGUCGUUACGGGAGAAAACGGUCACCGACGGUUACUCCGUAAUCGACGGCAACGCCGCCGACCUGGUGUCCGGCGCCCGGCCGCUCAGCGACACCACCGACCUGUCGUCGGAGGGGAAGGACGAGAGCCCUGCCACGGCCACCAAGGAACUCCCCUCCCCAGCAGGUAAAGGACAGACUCCUCAAGUAACCAUGACUACAGGAAACAGUAUCGUGUCUAAACCAGCCACCACUGCUAUGAAAUCCUCCAAGGCAUCAGAGGAUGCCAGUGAUGAUCUGAAGAGAGACAGAACGGAGAGAAAGAGCGUCAGUUUCCUCGACUCUGUCAGUGUGAUCUCAGCGGGCGGAGGAGACAGCAGUACCACCACCAGCACCAUGGAGGUGGACGCCCACCCUGAGAGCUGCUACCCCAGCCAAGGGCUCAACGGCCAGGGCAAAAAACACCAGACCCAGCCCCUGGACACAGAGGUGGCCCAGGAGAUAGCCUACCUGGAUGAGGUGUUGGAGGCUAACUGCUGCGACCCAGAGGUUGAUACCAUGCCAUUGCCCUCUAACGGGACAGCGAAACCUGAGAGAGACCCCCGGGAGGUCAGUAUUGACGGAACUGGGCCGUCCGUCCACGUCUCCAACACAGACACACAAUCCCCACAGACCAACCAUGAGGUCAUAGUAGAGGACAGGAAGCAGACCACCUUCAUAGACCACCAGGAAGUCAAUAGCACCAGCAACUCCAAACCCGACGGCCACUCUGGCCCAAUGGGAGAGCAUGAGAACUACAGGAACCAGGGAGGAGAGACAACACCCCCCACUGUGAUGACCAUCAAGAAGGAGGCACGUUUCGAGCUGCGGGCAUUCCAGGAGGAGAAGAAGCCUUCCAAGCUGUUCGACCCGUGUGAGAAGGAGGUGCGCGUGAAGAAGGUGCGUCCAUCGGAGGAGGUGGCAGAGCUGGAGAGGGAGCGGCUGGAGCUGAUCCGAGGCCAGGCCGUGAAGAAGAACCCUGGCAUGGGCACAAAAUGGUGGAACCCUCCUCAGGAGAAAAGCCUGGAGGAGGAGCUGGAGCCAGACAAACUUGAGUCACACAGGAAGUACGAGGAGAGGAAGCAGCAGCGGAGGUCAGAGUUCACCUGCGGGUCUUCCCAGACGUACGCCCAGUACUCCAUGACCUUUGAGCCCGGCUUUGACCCUGAGUCCAACCGGGACCCGGCAGAGGUUCUCCAGAGCACCAAGGAGGACAUCGUUGUGGAGCAGAUAGACUUCUCCGUCGCCAGGAAGCAGUUCCUCCAGAUAGAACAUGCCAGGCAGCAGCAGGCCGAGAGGUCACAGGUCACAGCCCCGAAGAGAGGUGUGGCACCUCAGCUCUACUCGGCCAAGCCCUUCUCCAGAGCGCCAGACAGCAUCACCCAUGUGGAUAGAUCCUCCAGCUCCGUCACAGUGGGCUACAGUAGUUACCUGGGCUCGCCACUAGAGGCCAACGACGUCACCACCACCACAACUAGAGUCAGGACAGAGGGGAUGUACUACAGCCAGGGAGAGGCCCAGUCCCCCACUACUACCUUGGGACAGGGAGAGGCCCAGUCCCCCACUACUACCUUGGGACAGGGAGAGACCCAGUCCCCCACUACUACCUUGGGAGAGGGAGAGACCAGGAACAGGGGCCCCAAGGAGACCUCGAUGGACAACAGAGAAGGCGAUGGAGACUUCACCUGCGCCCGGGCCGUCAUGACCAUCCUGAAAGAUGAGGGAGACUCUGAGUUGUGUUCCUCAUCCCUGUCCCUGCAGCAUCGUUCCUCCUCCCAAUCCUUCCACUCCCCCAGUGCCUCCCUGUCCUGCCACCCAGAGGAGUGUGACUCCGGGCUGGACGAGCUCUCCCUGCGUUCCCAGGAUACUACUGUCCUGGAGACCCUGUCCAACGACUUCAGCAUGGACAACGUCUCCGACAGCGAUGCGUCCAAUGAGACCAUGUCGGCCUACCUGGGGGAGACGUCUCUAGGGGAGUACUCCUUCCCUUCCACCCCCCAGGCCACCACGCCCGUCAAUGGCAAGAUGGAGGAAGGCACCCUCAGGUCCCCCGGGGAGCGGGGUCGGGGUCCGUCGGAGAAGGAGCUGGAGUACCAUGCAGAACUCCUGGUGCAGAGUGCCAUCCAGCACGCCCUUAUGAACCAGCAGGGCGAAGAGUGGCAGGGGGUCCCCCGCGCCACCCCACAGUCCUUCCCCUACCCCCUCCCAGAGAGGCACCUAGACUUAGACGUCCUGCCGCCAUCCACUGGGAUGCUCUCACCUCCACGCCCAGAGCACCAGUCACCCACACCCCUAGACCACCCUCCAGCACUCCUAGACCUCCACUCACCUCCAUCCCCCCAACUCUGCUCACCCCCAAGCUCACUGCAGCAGUGGCAAACACCUGAUCAGUCCCUCCAGUCACCCCCACCCCAGUACCAAUCAAGUCCAUCACAAACCCCCCAGCAGCAGUCACCACCAGCUCAGUUCCAGUUAAGUCCAACCCAACAUCAGUCUCCUCCCCCAGAGCAGCAGUCCCCCCCAGCCCAGAUUGAGAAACCUACCAACGCCCCCCCUCCACGGAGGUCCUCUUCCGGAGGUCCUAAAAUCCUCGUCCAGUCCGCCCUCAGUCGCUCACUGGCCCUAAACCCAGACCCCGUCCCAGUCCGCACCCCCGUCCACAUCCCUCCUCGCCAUGUAGAGCCCUACCAGCCUCCAGAGCUGUCGCCGACCCCCAGCGAGAAGGACCAGUUCAGUUACUUCUCUAAGUACUCCGAGGCGGCCGAGCUCCGCAGCACAGCAGAAGCCACCAGAACCCAGGAGACGGAGCAGAGCACCGGGCCGUUCAAGCUGCGCUCCCGGAAGCAGAGGACUCUGUCCAUGAUUGAGGAGGAGAUCCGCGCGGCGCAGGAGCGAGAAGAGGAUCUGAAGAAGCAGAGGCAGAGCCUGGGAGCGGUGCGAUCCGGACCGGGCCCCAGAACAAACCAGACAGGGAGGCCCAAGACAAUGCCUAUCAACUCCGCGGACAAGCAGAAGACCAACAGCCUACCCGCCAAACUAAGCCUCUCCGGCAGCCUGCCGCCCACAAAACUCACCAGCAAGACGGCACCAGGUAAGAUUGAGAAGAUUCGUCCUGUGCCUCCUGCUUCCCCCUCCUCGUUUGAGGGUCCUCUGCCCUCGCCUCUCUCGGACCUCGGCAGUGAUGACUCCGGGGGCAGCGGUCGCCCCAAAAACUUCAUGCAGACCCUGAUGGAGGACUACGAGAGUCACAAAGUGAAGCGCCGGGAGAAAGUAGAGGACAACAGCGUGCUGGAGGCCACCCGCGUCACACGCAGGAAAAGCAACAUGGCGCUGAGGUGGGAGGCGGGGCUUUACGCUAAUGAGGAUGGAGAGGAAGAAGAAGAGGAAGAAGAAGAGGAGGAGGAGGAGUAGACAGUCCUCCCUUGUGUUCUGUGACUAUAAGGAAUGUAGGGAUAGAUGGAUAGAGGGAUAGAGAGA